AUGGCUUCAACAGCCGGUCCCGCCAUUCAUCAAGCUGAUGGGUCCCAAAUCAGCCAAGCACCUCCACCCAACCCUCUACCCAAGCCUACACGCCAGCAUCUCAAACCCCUCGAUACACCCAUAGCUGAACUCCAGUCCUACUAUGGGGAAAGUCACCGCCACUUUCCAGAAAGUAUCAAACAGUACUACGAGCUCGACGAGAAGAAACUCGACGAUCUAAUCACGUUUUUCCAUCAAACCCAUCCCGCAAGCACAGAAACCACCAGCAAACGGUAUCCCCUGAUGAUCAAUCCAUGGCUCAGGCGUGACGGGCAGCAGUUGUAUCCACCACAUUUAGUGGGUGUUGAACACAAGCGCUGUGCGUUCGGCACGUUCAUCGGGUUAACCAAUGAUUUCGUGGAUCCCAAAAUCACUCCGCUAAGAUACAAGCCGGUGUUAAAACCGGAAGCCCCAAACCCCUCUGACGAAACCCCCUCUGGUGCAGGUGCUGUGCAAAGACCAAAGAACAGAGGGUUCCGAGCGUGGCUUGGGCUUCGUAAAUAA